UGGUGCGGUCCUCCCUCCUCUGUCUCCCCGAAGCUGCCCCGCGAGCCCUCCCGGGGACUGAUGGGCUGGACCUGCCCGGGAGGCGACGGCUGCCGCGUGGACCGGACUCCAGUCCGCGGGAGCUGUCCCGCAGGGGUAGCUCGGCGCCCCAAAGGUUCCCCCUGCUAGCCCGGGGUGCACGCUUUUGGAGAGAGGGAGUAACCCUAUCUCCCUACAGUCCAGGUUUGUUGUCAAGGUCUUUUGGCCAAGCAGCUCCAUAUCUGGAUGGGGGAGUUAAACUCUUCACUGCCCACUUCACUGUCCACUCACUGAUCUCUCCUGCACUAAUGAAAGAAGACACUGAGAAUGGAUUACUGCAGCCAGACAACUUUAGUCCCAUGUGGACAAGAUAAAUACAUUUCCAAAAAUGAACUUCUGGUACAUCUGAAGACCUAUAAUUUAUAUUAUGAGGGUCAGAACUUGCAACUGCGGCAUCGAGAGGAAGAAGAUGAAUUCAUCGUGGAGGGAUUAUUGAACAUCUUCUGGGGCCUGCGCCGGCCUAUCCGUUUGCAGAUGCAAGAUGACAAUGAACGGAUCAGACCUCCUCCCUCCUCUUCCUCCUGGCACUCUGGCUGCAACCUGGGAGCCCAUGGGUCUAUAAUGAAGCCUGUUACCAUUCCAGAUAUUCAGAUAACAGACACAGAUGCAAACCCUGGAAGUGACAGGAGGCUUAGCCCAACAGGGACCAGAGACCUGAAGCCUCUACAAGAAGACACUCCUCAGCUGAUGAGGACACACAGUGAUGUUGGGGUUCGGCGCCGUGGCAACGUGCGCACCCCAAGUGACCAACGGCGCAUCAAGCGGCACCGUUUCUCCAUCAAUGGCCACUACUACAACCAUAAGACAUCUGUGUUCACCCCAGCCUAUGGUUCCAUCACCAAUGUCAGGAUUAACAGCACCAUGACAACGCCUCAGGUCCUUAAGCUCCUACUCAAUAAAUUUAAGAUUGAGAAUUCUGCUGAGGAAUUUGCUUUAUAUAUCGUUCAUACUAGUGGAGAGAAACAGAAGCUAAAGGUCACAGAUUACCCCCUGAUUGCCAGGAUCCUCCAAGGCCCGUGCGAACAGGUCUCCAAAGUCUUCCUCAUGGAGAAGGACCAAGUGGAAGAGGUCACCUAUGAUGUGGCCCAGUACAUAAAAUUUGAAAUGCCAGUCCUGAAGAGCUUCAUUCAAAAACUCAAAGAGGAAGAAGACCGAGAAGUAAAGAAACUAAUGCGCAAAUACACAGUGCUCAGAUUAAUGAUUGAACAGAGGUUAGAGGAGAUAGCAGAAAGCCCAGCAACAAUCUAAGCAGCCAGGUUGUGGCACUUCUGGAAACAGAUGAGUCUUAAGCCUUUGCUUAUAUGAAGAAAUCCUAAGAUGGAGAAGGAUGGAGGCCUCCUGAUGGACCUUAUAAACCCCUUCCCCCAACCUGGAACUUUUUGAAUACAAGUUACUCUCCUCAUCUUGGACCUGGAAGCAGACACACCAGCAGACAACUCUUGGAUACUCUUAAUUAUUGCCUCUUUUUCUUCUCUGGGGGAGAAUCUUGAUUUAUGGUGUCUAGAGGACUUCAUUAUGUGUAUGUUUGUGGUAUGUGUAUGUAUGUGCAUUUGUGCACUUGUAUGAGAGGGCUUGUAUGUGUGUGCUUGGGAGUGGUGGAGGAAGAGGGAGGAAGAGAGAAGUAUAUGUAUAUUUGUGGGGAAAUUGGGAAAGGAUCUCUUUUUGAAUAUUCAGAGUAUUUUCACAUGCAAUUUAAAAAUUCCAAACAACCAGCAACUGGGCCAUGAAUCUGGUAGAAAUGAAUGCUUCAGACCAAGAUGAUGUGUUCUGAUAGAUAAUAAGGGCCAGGGCCCCAGGAUUAGUUAGGGCUCUUGAUUAGAGGGGCUAGUUGUUCAGAGGCCAUGGUUCCUACUGCUCUCCUUUUAAAUGAUGCUACCAUUUGGGAAUUACAUUUUAGUAUUUAAAGAUGAUUUGUUGUCUUUACAAAGAACAGGAGGAAGUGUUGAAAACCACAUAGGUAGCCAUGUAUCAGGAUUCAAAUCCAGGUUGAAUGGCUCAAAACUCCAUAGUUCUUUUCAUAACUUUUCACAAUUGCCUCUCCAAUAAGGGAGUAGCUGAGGUUGGGAUCUCCAGCUAGAUCUAACAAACAUGCAAAAAUUAGCUAAUGAACAAAUCUUUGCAGGAUUUCCUUUAAAUUUAAAUGUUUUCAAUUAAAAAUAUAUUUCCUAUACCUCCUACUCUCAUUUCAUUAAAAAGAAAAGAAAAACAAAAUCUUUGUAACAAAUAUAUAAUCAAGAAAACCAAUUCCCACACUGACAAGUUCUGAAAAAUAUUUCAUUUUGUACACUGAACUCACCACCUGUAGCAUUCUUUACAAAACUCUUUUUGAAAAGAAUGAGUCAGUGACCAUACUCCUGGUAUGUCUGAAAGAACCAGGCAGAGGUUAACAGAGCUGGACAAUGCGGCUGCCCAUUUGACCACUGGUGUGACCCUUCACUUCGGGCUUGUUGCUUGGCAAUUUUGUCUUUCCUGAAAACAAAAAUGUCUGGAAUGCAUUAUGGUGGUGAUCCUAAAUAUGAAAAGAAUUCUCUUUCCCUGCAAUCAAUCCACAGUUUUUACUGGGUCUUUGUGUAAAUCAAGGAAUGAACUAGCACAAUCCUGCCUCCUCAGUAAGAAGGGCUUACUCAUAACUUUUAGAUGCCAACCCCCAUUUUUUAGCAGGACCUUGAAUCUUAUAGCUAGACAAAUAGAACAGACAGAGUACAUGUGAACAAAUAGAAUUUGGAGCAAAAUAUGACCUGCUUGUUCCUCUUUGAGAUUUCUCAAACUGGAGCGUUUUUUGAAAUCACCGGUAGCAUUAUCAGUGCUUACAUCACCAAGGUAGGACUCAAAGUUACUGAGCCUAGAGAGCUUGUCCUUACAGGUAAAUAUAAAAUCAUAGACUUAGAGUGAGAAGCUCAUUAUUAGGGCCAUCAAGUCUAAUUCCUUCAUUUCAUAGAUGAAGAAAUUGAGAUUCAAAGAGAUUAGGAUUUGCUUAAAGUCACAUGAAUAGUAAGUGGCAAAACUAGAAUUUGAACUCAGAUUCUUUGAUUCCAAAUUCAGCACCCUUUCCACUUAGCAUGCUAAGAAGUAUGAGGGGAUACCUUGAAUCUUCCAGGAAUUUAGAAUAAAGAAAGAGGGGCACUUUUUAGCCAAUCAAGGACUCCCCUCCCCCUUCUCUAUUCCAUUAGCAAGCUGGAGAACAGGCUAGGCUUCAGUGAUAAGAGUGGAUACCCUUGCAAAGCCUAUUUCCUUUUAGAAUAUUAUCCAUGUCACAGUUUCUUGACCUUGGCUUGCUCUGUGCUAAAUGGACAGAGUAUUUCUAUGAGAAAGGGCCUUUAGGGUCCUCCCCCUUGAUCCCCAAAUAGAAGGUGCUUAUUUGCUUUGGGUGAAGGAAGCAGGAGAGGGCUUUGCCUCCUGUCAUUCAGGGAUCUCUUUGAGCUUUUGAGCUGAAACCACAGGUUUCAAGUGUAAGCUUAAUUCUUUUAAAAUCAUUAAAUAGUAUUGACAGCACUUACUUGCUUCCCCUUCCCUAGUGAUAAAAAAGAAAUCCUUCCCUAGCCUUUGUAUAGAAAGAUAAAAUCAUAUGUAUGUGGCUAAGGCAACAUUUUAAAAUGACACUUGUGUAUUUAAAAUUUUUGUUGCUCUGUGGGGACUUAGGAUAGGAUCAAGCCAUGGAGCUCAUUGAGCCCAAUUCUCUCAUUUAAUAUAGGAGGAAAAUGGGGCCAAGAAAGGGUUAAUUGAUCAGACAGGUAGUAACAGAGUUGGGGUUUCUGGGGUUUCAAUUCCAUCCUUUGGGGGGGUACCAAAAAUCUCUCAUUCUUUAUUCUAUAGCAUCGCUUCCUCAAAGAAUCACAGACUCAAAAGAUGGAAGAACUUGGAGCUCAUUUCAUGAUCCCUUCACAAAUCAGCUCCCACCAGAAUUAUUGGAAUGUUAAGAAAUCCCUAGAAUACACAAACUGGUGAUGUUUCUUUCCUAAAGAGAAAAUUACCAGAUUUUAAACUUUUACCUAUAAUCCAAAUUAAAGCAAAAUAGAGAAUAUACAGGAAGGUUUAGAAAUGGCCGUGUUUCAAAAGUUCAUUUGUAGUUGACUGUAGGAAACAGAACUAUUAUAAUAAGCAGCAUUUAUGUAAUGCUUUCAGGUUUACUAAGUUUUACAUGUAAGUCUCUUAUUUCAUCCUCACAACAACAAUCUUAGGAGGUAGGUACUGUUUUUAGUUUUGUUUUACAGAUGAGGAAACUAAGGCAGACAGAAGUGAGGUGAUUUCUCAAGGCCAGACAGCUAAUAAGCUAAUAAGCUGAGGCAGCUUUCAUAACCUCAAGUCUGUACUAUCAUUGAAUUACCCAGCUCCCAGCCGAGUACCUACAGUACAGCAUGAUUGUUCAGAAUGAGAAUUUCCAAGUCUAAUGAGACUCUUCUUUUCUUCCUUUUCCCUUUUAAAAAUUUCAGUCUUGUGGUUUUAUUAUUGAGUUUUGGAACUGUUUGAGGACUAUCUGGCAUCUUUCUGUUUUGAGGAGCAACCAGUAUCUUUAGGAAGGACAAUUAGCCUGGUGGAAAGAGCAUUAACUUUGGACUUUGAAUCCUGUUCUUACCAUUUAAUAACUGUGUGUUCUUAGAUCAGCUAUGCUCUGACUUCCUUGGCCCCUGUAAAUUUUCCCAUAGAAGUCAGAAGAAUCUAGGUUUAUCUAUCACUCACCAUUAUCUAUUUUUUUUUUUUUUUUGGACACCACAUCUGGGAUGCCAAAGUUGUUUGUGAUUUAAACUUAGGAUCCCAUUAGCAUUAAUUAUCAUAAACCUUUGGUUGACAAAUGAUUCCAAAUCUCCCCUUGUCCCACCACUCUUCAAUUUCCACUUCCCCAAAGUUCCAAAAUAUGUUUUCUUAGAAACCGAAAGGAGGAGCAGAGGAAUAAACACAGAACAGUAAACUUCUCCAUUUGAUUUGUAAAUUGCCCAUUUAGAAACUGUCUCAGCCAUAUUAUUCUUGCUGUAGGAAAUUGGGCUAUCAGUGUUGGCAGAUGGCAAAGUGGGGGUGGGGUGGGGAGAUGUUUUGAGUCCUGCAAAGAAAGCCAAGCUUUUCCCACCAGUAUCCUGUGAAUUUUGAUGCUUUGAAAUGCUAAACUGAUUUGUAGGGUUCUGCAGCUGUUUGCUGUGAGCCCUGAAAUGUGGUUAAGAUAAAAAGCAAGGUUUUUCUCCCCUUUUUUUCUUUUCUCCUGGUUUUUUUAAAUCCCUUCCUUUCAUUUCUCCCUCUCUUUUUUCUGUUUCUCAGUGCCUGUAUGUUUCUUUCUUAAAAGAUGAUUCAACUUGCUUAUAGGCUGAUUUAAUGAAAAGAAAAAGUCUUGAGCUCAGGUGGCAGAUAAGGGACUGGGGCUCUUUCCAAAGGUAUUGAUGGAAGAAGCACAUGAUGGUGUUAAUCUGUGCUCGCGUCACAGGGGAGGGCCUGUGGUUUGACUUGAAUGACCAAGUUUUUAAUGGGAUGGUCGAAGGGUGGGUAUUAAAGAGAUCAGGUAACACAAAACAGAAUUAAUUGUCCAUGGCCACACUGUGUAGGGAGAUUUUUUUUGCACAUUAAUAACACUGGACAACGAAGUUUUAACAACUAUUAGAGGAUGAGGUUGGUGGCUUGGUUACCUGAUUGGGUGUUGGAAUUGCUCCCUACUUUGUUAAACCAUUUUAAGACCAUCAGCCCCAGAGUGCAAUUGUUCCUUCAAGGUCUAUUGAUGCCAAAGAGAAAGCUCUUUUAUCCCCUCAAGCAGAAUUCAACAACAACAACAAAACUCUUGCUUUAGUAACUCAAACUGUGACCUAUAAGUACAAACAAAAACCCUGGCAUACACAUGCUAUUCUGUUCUCAGUGAUCAUUUUCUAAAGGAUUAAGGAUUUUCUUAAUCUUCUGAUUGUGACUUAGUUUCAGUGGAGUGGAUAGAAGGGGGUGGGUGAAGACUGUCUAGAGAGUUGUAGGUGUUGAUGGAAAAAAGCUCCCUUCUGGAAAAAGCUUGGGGCCUUGAAGACAUUAGCCAUUUGGGAAUGAUGGCAGAGGACAGACAGUAGGAAUUCCUGGUGACCAAAUAUUGAUUAUGGGAAGUGGGGUAUAGUUAGUGAAAGGGAGAGAUUGUCACUUUUUAAAAAUUUCUGAGGGAGAAAAAAGAGCUUUGGACUCUUAAUUGAAAGUGAAUAUUUUAAAUAAGGUUUUCCAUGUAGCAUUGUUAGGUCAGAUGUUCCCCCUGUGGUGGAGGGGACACUGAGAGCUACUUCCUUUCUCUGAAGAGUAAAGCAAGGCAGAGAUGGCAAAUUAGGAUGUGAGCACAAAUUUAAAGUAUUUCCAGUAGGACAGUUGUCCAAUCUGUAGGCAUUUCUGUUUCUAAAGUUGACUUAGAAGUGGUUUCUCAUGUCAUUAAUAAUAUUUUCCCUGGGCUCUCUCCAUUCCUUUCCCCCCUUUAGCUUUGAAAAUAUCUUUUACUUACCUGUUAUUUACACCUCAAAAAUGGUACAUGAACUUAUAAAGUGAUACUGCUUUUAUUUCAUUUUUUGUAUUUUAAGCACAAGAUUUGACACUGCCUCAGUUGGAAAUGAACAGCGAAUGUUAAUGUAACACAUUGAAACAGUCUGAAGCACAUGAUUUAGUCUUCUUUAAAUAAAGCACUUUGUGGAGAAUG